AAAGAAAGCGCUAACCAUAGCUACUGAAUUUAAAGAAGGUGCUGGUCUGUGCGGAUUGGAACAGCUAUGGCUGGGGUUGUUGCAAUGGCAUCUGUUAUUGAAGACUUUGAGACUCAGCCUCGCAAGAAACAAAGAAAGGAUGCGCCUUCGGUUCAGCCAAUCACCAACUACUACUCGCCCAGGCCGAAGGCUUUCUCGCCCCCUAAGCCCAGCAACAUCAUGGACUACUUCAAGAAGACUUCACCCGCGGGGGAGAAAAUCAACACCUCAGAGCAAACCAAGGAGAACAGGCACAAGCCCCAGGAGGUGCCCAGCACUGCAGAAACCCCUGUGAAGCCAGAAAGGACCCAGCGGCUGAAGCGGGGUAGGAGGCCAGGUAGACCUGCCAGGCUCAGCGUGCCAGCACAGGACAGCCACACGGACGCCCCCUCGCAGGUGAUUGAGAUUUCAGAGUCGAGCUGUUCAAGCGAUGGGGCGGUGUCGGCGGUCGCUGCAGGGAGACAUCUGGGGAUCCUGGGCAGCGAAACCGCUGCCCUCUUAGCUCAGAUCAGCGAGGAUGACUGCGUCACCGAACCGUCCCCGAGUGGGGGGGAUUCCGUCAUGGCAGACACACCUCCCAAGCAGUACCCCGGGGAGACCCCCAAGAGAAGAGGCAGUGCCAAAUCGUUGAAGGAGGAGGACACAGGAUCCUGCACACAGCUGUCAUGCCAGGCAUCUGUAGCAGACAGCGGGAAGAAGAGCAAGCCCGCAGCUAAGAUGGGCAGAAAGGCUAAAUCCGAUCCGCAGCCGCAGUGUGUGCCGGACGGUCAGUCUGUGUGUGACGCCAGCGCGGGGCCCGACGUAGGUGACGCCCCUCUGCUUAACGACAGCACCGUCAUCAUCUCUUUUGAGGACUUUUUACGGAGCCAGGAAGAGGGCGAUGCCAGUGUGGAGACUCCUCAGAGUGAUCCUGAGGUGUCCGGCGGGUCCCCUGCUGCUGAAGAUGAGCCCAGGUCUUCCCAGCAGGUGUCGCCGCGAACCCUCACCGUCCAAGCAGAGGUGCACCCCGUCUCUCAGCGAUCUGAGCUAGCCAGGACUGCUGACAAGAAGCUGGCGUCGAUCUUCACCAGGAGGCGAGGGGGUAAUGGUGGAGACGGCAAACCAACAGCCUCCUCUCCUCCCCAGGAGAAGCCAGAACUGCCGGUCGCUCCUGUUCGGAGAUCCAACGUGGUCCUGCAGGAGGAUGAGCUGGAACUGGCCAUCAUUGAGUCCAGCUCCACGGCCAAGUGCAGCCAGGAAGAGAGGAAACAGUUCAUGAACGCCUUCAAGCAGCCCGGCCUGGAAGCUGCCAAAGGGAGACAGAAGAAGGGCCCUGGCAAGCAAGGGGAGACGGGGGGGAAAGGCCAGGCGGAGGAGGUGGAGGCAGAGGCACAUGCAGAGGCUGCAGGGGAGGAGCAGGGACACAAGGUGGAACAGGAGAAGCCUGCCAAGGUCAGAAAGAGUGGAGGCAACAAGCUCAGGAAGAGGGUCAAGAAAGGUGGAGAGACGAUAGCCCCUGUCCCAGCUGCAGUGGAGGAGCCAGUACGGAUAGAGACCGAUAAAGAGGCUGAUGAGCAGGGCUCUAUGAGUGAUGCUCAAGCCUCCACCCCAACUGUAAAGGAGCCCCUUAGGAGGUCUGCCCGCGCCCGUCCCUGUAACCUUACCCCUGUCUCAAAUGUGGCUACGCCUUCCCCUAAAACUAGGAAUAAAGAGAGGCCUGAAAAUCAGGGAGUGGAUGCGAGUGACUCCACAGAUGUCUCCACACCUAAAACUCACAGGUCCAAACACAACAUGUAUACGGCUGAGCUGCUCUCGCCCCCCGAUGAUAAGGAGAGCCCUAUCAGGAUGAGAAUUCGACGUGUCUUUCCAAACCCUGAACUCAAGUCUGGUGACACAAGUGAUUUUGAAAUACUGAGUCCCUUGGCAGCUCAGAAGUCUGCUGUAUCCAAGAGCAGGAAGCAGGCCAAAAAGCUGGUCCAGAAAGCCCGGGCUCUCCAGCAGAAUAAGGUGGCAGCUGCUAGUGAUAAGGGCUCCUUACGACGCUCCUCCCGAAAUCAUGAUGUCAAGAGUUACUGCGAAGAAGAGGACUCGGUGGUGUGUUUGGAAGACCAAAAGGACUCUGCUCCAGCAGCACAAAACCAUGUCAAAGCUCAGAAGCAGCUGCGCAGUUUGAAUGAUGUUUUAGGGAAGAGUGCAGCUGAGGGAAAGGCUGCCAAAAGCACUACAGUCUCAAAAGUGGCACCAGUGUUCCUUGGGAAAAAGGCACAGAAGCCCGCAGCUGUCAUCUCCAUAUUUGACGACAGCAGUCGUGAGGGGUCUGAGAACUCUCAGGAUGACGAGCAGUUCAAAGCCCGGAGGGAAUUCCUGAAGAGCGGCCUGCCGGAGUCCUUCAAGAAGUCAAUCGCCAGAACGGCAGCCAGCCGAGACGCCUACUCCCUGGCCUGUGCGUCCUUCCAGGCUGUGGUACAUGUACUGCAGAGGCCUGCAGAGUGCCCCCUUUGGAGUCUGCCGUGGCCUGCGUCUUCAUUGCUGAAACACCUGAAAGAUUCUUUUCUGGAACCCCCAAAACCAGUUUUAACUGUAGGACCGCUUGACUGCAUCAAGACCCAGCCUGCGUUGCGAUCUCACACCAGCAAGAGCUCAGGUUGGAGGGAGGAUUUCUCAGAGGAUGUCCGCAAGUGCCUGCUGGAGGAGAUCAGGUCAUCCAACCCUCCAUUCCCAGUGAGAAGGUUCUUCACCUGGUUCCUGAAGAGGCGUGAGGAGCAUCAUCUGCAGUGUGCGUCUUCCGAGUCUGACGCAGUCCCCAAAGCCUCCAGUGCUCCCAUACUGCCUGAGAUUGGGGGGAAGCGGAAGCGCAGGCAGGAGGGGGAGGGAGUAGGGAAGCUGUCCAAGCGACGGAGGUCUGCACGAGGGGAGGACGGGGAGCCCAUCGUGAUCAUAGACACUCCUCCGGCUGUCUGCACAAGCGCCGCAGGACCUACUGGCCCUCCCACCCUGGCACCGGCGAGCCGCAGUAGGCUAGGCCGAACCCUCAGGAGCAGGCAGCCGCCACAGGCGAUGGAAGACCCUGCCGGGGUGCAAACGCCAGCCCGAAACGGCCCCGUAGUCCUGCUGGAGGAUACUCCACCACCUGGGAACACUGAGAAAGAUGGUGUGAAAGAGGAUGUGUUGUGGACAGAGAAAUACCAGCCACAGCACUCCAGUCAAGUCAUUGGGAACUCAGCCGCAGUGAAGAAGCUACACAGCUGGUUGAAGGAGUGGAAGCUGAGAGCUGACCGUGAAGAGAGGAGAAACCAGAAGGAAAAGAAACAAGAAGACAACAGUAAUGACUCAUGGGACUGCGGCGAUUUCCGGGGGGAGGAGGGGGCAGAGGAGGGGGAGGAGCUACUGUGCAACACCCUAUUGAUCACGGGCCCCUCUGGAGUGGGGAAGACGGCUGCAGUUUACGCCUGCGCUCAGGAACUGGGCUUCAAGGUCUUCGAGGUGAACGCAUCGUCUCAGCGCAGCGGGCGCCAGAUCCUGGCCCAGCUGAAGGAAGCCACUCAGUCCCACCAGGUGGACAUCCAGGGAGUCAACGCUCACAAGCCCUCGUACUUCAACAGCUACAGCACGGGCUCCACCAGACUUGGUUUUUCCCCACGAAAGGUGGUCUCGCCCAGAAAGGUUGUGUCCUCCCCCAGGAAGCCGCCUCAGUCACCUCGAGGCGCACCCCUUAAGAGAGGUGCUUUAGCCCCCACUUCACUGGCCAACUUCUUCAAGAUGAGCGGAAAACCCAAGGGUAAAAACACGGACGGUCAGGACAAGCAGGUUCAAAACGAAGCUGGCCCUCAAAAGAAGCUGGCCCUUGCAAAAGCAAAAGAGAAUGUUCCGAAGAGCAAGGACCCCCCUGGAAAACAGUCAACGGACAAGAAAGAGGCUGUGACAGAGGAGCAGAGUAAAAAGACUGCCACAUCGCUCAUUCUGUUUGAGGAGGUUGAUGUCAUAUUUGAUGAUGAUGCGGGAUUCUUGGCUGCAAUCAAAACCUUUAUGACCACAACCAAGAGACCUGUGAUCCUGACCACUAGUGAUCCUACAUUUAGUAUGAUGUUUGAUGGCUUCUUUGAAGAGAUCCAUUUUAAAACGCCCUCAGUGGUGAACGUUGGGAGCUACCUGCAGCUCCUGUGCCUGACGGAGAACUUGAGGACAGACGCACGAGACCUCACCUCCAUGCUGUGCUGGAACAAGUGUGACAUCAGGCAGAGCCUGCUGCACCUGCAGUUCUGGACACGUAGCGGAGGAGGACAUGCGUCUCACCGGCCGCUCCCACCCAUGGACCCCACAGGGGAAAAGGAGCCUACAGUGGCUGUGGAUGCAGAGCGAGAGAUGGAGAGGCAGGGGCCACCAGCCAACGUGCCUCCCUGUGACACUGGCUGCACUGAGAGUCUGCUGGGUAUCCUAAACGUUGAGAGCACAAAGGACGUCCACGACAUGCUCAAGUGCAAGUCCUCGACAGAACCGGAGAGCGGCAGGUGUUGGGAGCUGCUAACAGAGAGCUGGAGGAGAGGAGUGGACUUAAUAUACUCCAACAUGGAGGACCUCCUGCCUCUGCCUGUUGGGGAACUGCCAAAACCUGUCCACCAGGAGCAGGAUGCACCCAACCCCAGGCCGCAGAAUGAGGCAGAAGUCCAGAGCACCAAGCUGCAGGCCUGUGAGCAGUCGGACGAGGCAAGCCCUCUGAAAGUGUCCUCCAGGAUGAAGAACAAGAAAUGCUCGGUUUUGAAAGACAGAGAUGUGUUUCAGUCUGACUCUGACUCAGAUGAUGGUUUCCUCUCGCUACCCAAAUGUAAGAAAGCUCCUACCUCGAAAGCAGAGAGUAUCUCUGCUGGCACUGAUGGCCUUCAGUUAGGCCCUGUAGGAGAGGAGCAACCACAGAGAUCUGCACCUGUCAGGUUAAGGAAGGCGGACCGGUCCCCAGCGGAGCAGAGGGGCACUGAACUGGUGUCCCACUGCCUGGGCUCCCUGGCCGAGUUUUUGGACCACAUGUCCUUCCUGGACUCUUCCCUGCACUGCCACCACCUGCAGACAGAGGGCACCUGCAGGCCAGGGUCAUUUGGCUGGACUGGGGCCGAGAUUAAGAACGGGCUGCUGGACGAGUUGAGAGUGGAGGAUGGUGGCAGAGGAAGGUGGGAGAACUCGGCGGAGAUCCGGGCCAUGGUGGAGAGCAUGAGCUUCCAGAAGUGCCAGGCAAGCGUCUCCGAGGUGUGGGCGGGAGCCCAGCGGCUGCAGGAGCUGGGGGAGCAGACCACGAGGGAGCUCACCCUCCCCGUUGCCCCUCACAGACGGAGCUUUAGUUUCAGUCAGACCACUCCCUGCGAGCCCACUGUGGUGCAGCAACGGUGUGAGGUCAUGAAGACGGUGCUCACCAGCAGAGCGUUCGGGACACUGGGCAGCAAGUCAGUCACGGCCACAGACUACCUGCCUUUUCUCCGAACUGUCUGCAGAUCAGAGAGGUUGAAGGAGCAGGGGAAGCUCAAACGCAGGUUCUUGCAUUACCUGGAUGGCAUUCAUCUUGGCCUUUCAAAAAACACUGUCCAACUCCUGACAGCUGACUUUCCUUGACAUGUUCUGGCCUUCUAUUUGGUCUGUUAUCAUGAACUGAAUAAAAUGUUUGUAAUCUUUUGUACAGUGAUUACUUGCCCAUGCCAAUAUAUGCAAGGUGAUGUUUGUUUUGAUGUUUUAUUCUUGUAGUGGCUUUGUACAGGCAGCAACAAGUCAAGUAUCUCCAGUAAUGUAUUUUUAUACUGUGCUUAGCAUUCUGAAUGUUUUAUAUCAAGAAAUAAAUUUGCCUCUUGACAGCAAACUCUAAUACAAUCAUAUUGUUUAUUAAACAUGGUGUUUUCUAUGUAUGAUAAAUUGAGUGAAAUUGGUGAAAAUUAACCUUGUUUUUGUAAAUGUGUGUAAAAUCUGAUGUUUGUAUAACAGGAAUUUGAUGUGGUUGAAAAAACACUUGCUGUGCUUUGUAUAUUGUGCCAACAGAGAUGGGUGAGGAACGGCCCCUAAAUCCGUUCAGGCAUACAGUAUGUGAACUUUCAUUUAAAACAAA